CAUCAAGUGCAAGAAAGAGCAAUUCGGCAAUUGCGUUGCACAACCUAUGGAUUCAGAUCAUGAAUGUCGUGAAAAAAGUGAUUCUUUCUUUGUUUGGGACGAUAAAUCACAGCUUUAUUUCCACGCCAGUACUGGAUUUUACCAUGACCCUAAUGCUGGCUGGUACUAUAGCAGCAGAGAUGGUGUUUAUUACAAAUUUGAAGAUGGGAAUUAUGUACCUUUCGAUUCCAAUAAGGAUGACAGUGGAGAAACAUAUCCAUGCAAAGAAACCACAACUGAAAGUCCUCGACAAAUAUAUGGGAACAACAGUGAGGAUUACCCUUCUGUCCUUGAAAGUAAAUUUGAAGCCAACCCAGAGACAGGAACCCUGGCUGAUGAAGCAGCUGCUGAUGCCACAAAUUCCAUGAGCAGUCCAGCUUAUGAAAACCCUCCACCACCAUCAGAAUGGUUAGAAGACACGCUCAUUGAUCUAUACUUAUCUGGCUACAAGGACAUAGCAGUUAGUGCAGCUGAUGCAGUGACAGUUCCAUUGGAAACAGAUGAUGGAUACAACUCCUUAGCAGCUGAUGCUUACAACAAUAGAUAUGCAGCAGGUGAGUGGAUCCCAGAUUCAGUGAAUGAAAAUGGCUUAGCUGAUAAUAAAAGUACUGUAGAUGAAGGUAUAGCUUACAGCAACACUUAUGAACUGGAAGAAGGUGAGUGGAUCCCUGACACAGAGGAUGAAAAUGGCAUAGCCAAUCGAAGUACCUUAGAUGAAGGUAUAUCGUUAGAUGAAGAGAAAUGGCGAGCUCAAUAUGGUCAAGUUAUUGAAUCAGGGAAUGAUCUGGUUUCAGAGAUUCCAAUUUUGGACUUGUGGGAUUGGGAAAUGGUUAGAGGAUCCAAAACGGAUGGAAAAGAUAAGGUGGCAAGGUUGGUUGGGAGACUGGUGAAGCCAUCUGCAAAGCAACAUCCAUCUAUCCCUUCUGCUGGAGGGAAAUUAAGAUCUGCUCCUAUCUGUGAAGCACAUCUCGAUCUGGUACGAGUUAAAACAGGACAAGUGUACAAAUUGCGAAAUCCUAGUGCAAGAUAUGUGGCUUCGAUAUCAACUUAUGAUUCUACGAAUCCAACAAAAGAUUGGGAUUUGCCUGAGUUAUCACCUAAUAGAAAAACAGCUCUUCUCUGCAAGUCUAGUGAAGGCACUGCUUCAGCUUCAGAUAACAUCGCUAUGGAGAAGGAUUUGUCUGGGGUGCCAAGUCAGCUAUCUGCAUCUAAGCAAAUAAAAUAUCAAUACAGAGAUAGAGCUGCUGAAAGAAGAAUACUGCAUGGUGGCUUUGGCGUGGGUCCAGGACAGAAGAAUCUAGCUAUCAGUUAUAAUUCGCCAUCUUCACCUGAUACUGAUUGUCCGCAAGAAGCUGCAUCAGAGGCCUUGGAGAUGUCAUUUGGAGCGGGUAGCUAUGCCAGAAAACUUCUAGAAAGCAUGGGUUGGAAGGAGGGAGAAGGGCUUGGCAGUUCUACCAAGGGUAUGGUGGAACCUAUCCAACCGGUUGGAAACAUUGGCAAUGCGGGCUUGGGAUGGCCUCGUUGAAAUUUACAAAAUUGAGUGAGGCUCACUACGAAGUAGC